GGUGGUAAGGCACCGAUGCAGAGUACAAGCGCCGAGAAUGGCAUCCCCCAGCGUGCUGUUGACGGUAGCAGUGGACAGGUCUACAAUCCUCAGACAUGCACGUUAACAAGGCCCGAGGUGCGACCCUGGUGGUACGUCAAUCUCCUGGAGCCCUACAUGGUCCAGCUCGUCAGACUAGAUUUUGGCAAAGCCUGCUGCGAUGGGGCACCCGGCACCAUUGUUGUGCGUGUUGGAAAUAAUAGGCCAGAUUUGGGGACUAAUCCAAUUUGCAACAGAUUUACUGGACCGCUUGAAGAGGGACAACCGCUGUUUCUACCGUGCAAUCCUCCCAUGCCCGGUGCAUUCGUCUCAGUUCACCUGGAAUCUGCUGCCGCUGCACCAGCACCAGUGCAAUUGUCCCUCUGCGAGGCUUUCGUUUAUACGGAUCAGGCACUUCCAAUCGAAAGAUGUCCACAAUUCAGAGACCAACCGCCCGGUUCCACUGCGACCUACAAUGGUAAAUGUUACAUAUUUUACAAUCGUCAGCCACUCCAGUUCCGGGAAGCUCUAUCCUUCUGUCGCGCCCGAGGUGGUACACUAGUCGACGAAAGUAACCCAGCACUGCAAGGUUUCAUUUCCUGGGAAUUGUGGAGACGACACAGAAGUGACACAUCGAGUCAAUAUUGGAUGGGUGCUGUGAGGGACCCGAAGGACAAAUCUGUCUGGAGGUGGACCGGAAGUGGUGAUGAGGUGUCAGUAUCUUUCUGGAGUCUUCCCCAGGGGACUGAAGAGGAGUGCGCGAGAUACGAUGGGAGCAGAGGGUGGCUGUGGUCGGAUACUCCUUGCAGCUCCCGGCUCAAUUACAUCUGCCAACAUCAGCCAAGAGCUUGCGGCCGACCUGAACAGCCCCCAAACUCAACGAUGGUUGUCACCAACGCCUCAGAAGACCCCGUAAAUAAUUAUCAAGUUGGGGCAUCAGUCUCGUACAGCUGUAGUUCAGGAAGUCUACUAAUCGGACCAUCGACACGCACCUGUUUAGACACCGGUUUCUAUAACGAAUUUCCACCUGUAUGCAAGAGCAUCGAGUGUGGAUAUCCGGCGAGUAUCAAACACGGAGAGUACACGCUCAUUAAUAAUACCGUCAUGUUUCUGAGCCAAGUGCUUUACUCGUGCGAGGAUGGAUAUGAAAUGACUGGUCGUGCUAGGCUCACCUGUGACAUCGACGAGCGUUGGAACGGACCUCCACCUCGCUGUGAACCCAUUCGCUGCGAUCCUCCUCCGACCGUCUCCCACAGCACAAUUCAGCUCGAUGAAAUUGAUGUCGAGGAGAAUUUAGUGAAGAGUACAAAUCGUAGUCUUUUAGUGGGUAGUGUUGUUAUUUAUACUUGUGAGAAGGGGUAUAAACUGACCGGACAUCGACAGAUUUUGUGUUUGCCCACGGGAUUGUAUGAUCAUGCUGCACCAACUUGCACAGAAGAACCUAAAGUAACAUCAGGAAUUCUUCCAAAAGUGACCCUCAGGCCGGCAAACACCAGAGGCAAGCCAGUGUUCCCCACAAGAACCCGUUCAACAACAACCCCCUUACCGCCCUCCACAGUACCCCAAGAAGCAACUCCAACUCGAAGAUAUCCUCCCCAAACCGCGGAGGUUCCAGCAACAAUAAGAGAGACCGUCCACAAGAGACCGACGAUCGGUCUUCAAAAGCCUGCGCCACCUUCUGAAGAGACUCCAGAAGAAUUCUCCGGGACCCAUCCCCAGGACAAUGAGAUUUCUGGGAGUUCAGUGGACAACGCGAGGGCUAAAAUCAACACAGGAGUCCCAGAGCCCACUGGGCCCUUCCGAGUGGAUCGUUCGGACGCCCCAACUCAUCAAGCCAAGCUCAAUCUUGGUGCAGUCAUCGCCCUGGGCGUCUUCGGCGCCUUUGUCUUCCUCGCGGCAGUCAUCACCACUGUUGUAAUACUCAUCCGAAGCGGCAGCGGCAGCAUAGGAGGAAGGCGUGGCCGCAGGGGUCUUGGCGGGGUUGCGCUCGGUGGUGGCCGUGGUGCAAGUGCUGGAAUCGGGAGAUCAGAUCCAUCAGGGAUGCCAUCGCGUUGGUACACGCUUCUCGCGCUUCCAUUUCCCGACCAGCACCUGGGUCGUCGCGACCUCACGGCUCGCCGAGCCACCGACCAUCCGUACUCAUUCAAUCUAUCAGCAGCCCACCGUGCCGGUUACUUCUCCAAUCCCUCCUUAUCAAGAGGAAGAAGCAGCAAACAUUAUCGCCACCGAGCCUCCCCCGACUGCAACACAGUGGCUAGCUUUGACAGCAGCUCAUCAGAGUCUCGAGGAGGCUUGAACAGAUACUACAGGCAGGCCUGGGAGAAUUUGCACGAGACAGCUGGACAAAAGGCGAAUCAUCCGCCCCUGCGACGUAAAGAAACCCUGGAUGAGCCAAGCUAUCGUGACAAUUAUCGUGGUGAUAAUGUUUCUGAGGUUGGGGAGAAUGGCAAUGGAUUUGCCGCAAGCAAACACGCUGGGGAUAAGAAGAGACAUCAUCAUCAUCACCACCAUCAUCAUGGCAGUGCCAAUGAAUGGCGACAGUCUCAGUCUCACCACAGAUACUGA